UGCUAAUAUUGCGCUAAAAAUACAAUUGCGGCUUUCAGACAUUUUUCGAUUGCGUUCUGUUAGUGUUGCGCUUGAUUUUUCAAAUUGGGAGUUAGCUGUGAUUUGCCAUUUUUGGUUUGCUAUAUGCCCAACCAUUGUAGCCAAAUAUUUUCAGUGGUCCUACAAAGACGCAUGAUAAAUAAAGAAAUGGCUAGAACAUUAUUUUUAAGUCAAGAAUAACCUGAUGUUAAAUUAUUAUUUUCUUCCAGUGUAGAUUUCAUUUAGCUGAAACCCCCAGGGCGAAUAUACUGGCACAUGGCUAAACUGCAUACACUCCUGCCAGUUGACUUUGAAAGCCAGGAAAUUGGUUCUAAAGCUGAAAUGGCAGAGGCUGACAGAAGCCAGCAAGACUCAAGAACCCAAUGACAUGGAUGAUCACAAUGAGCCAGAUUGUGUGGAGGAUCCUGCCCAUGCAGAUGCAGAUGCUGAGAUCAAUGAACAAGGACUCCAUGUUACUGUGAAGCAAGAGAUGGUGAAGGAUUACUAUCUUCAAAAAUACAAGCAAGAAUGGGAAUUGUUGCCAGAGUUUGAAGACUGGCUGCAGCCGGUGCCGGACGACCCGUACCUGGCCGAGUGCCGGCUGUGCAACACCAAGCUACGCUGUCACAAACUCAAGCUGCGUCAGCACGCCAAGAGCAAGAAGCACCGGGCGAGCGUAGCGCUGGGCGCGCGCAUGCGGCGCAACACGGCGUUCGUGCCGACGCGCACGCCGCGCCGCUCGUUCGGCCGGCGCGUGACGGGCCCGGCGCGCGGCCGCGGCCGACCGGCCGGCAUGCGUCACGUCCGUGACGAGGCUGACCCGGCCGACCAGCUGGCGCCACAGGACGUCUCCUACAGCGACACCGGCAGGGUGACGUAUUCCAUCGGACUGGGUGGCAACAAGGUGGGCUUCAUCGGAGCCGGCGUGCUGGCUCAGGCUGUCGCGCUGGCCAUCUUAGACAAAGGGGUGAUCCACUCGGGCCGCGUGACAGUGUCGGCGCCCUCCAGCCGCCACCUGUCCGUCUGGACCAGCUGGGGCGCCACCGUCACCAACUCCAACGACGUCGUCAUGCAGACGUGCGACGUGGUGGUGCUGGCCGUGCCGACGGCGGCGGCCGAGGCGGCGCUGCGCGCGCUGGCGCCGGCGCACGACUGCGGCGAACGCUGCUUCAUCUCGCUGGUGCCCGGCCUCAGCCGGGGCACGAUCGAGGAGAUCCUGGCGUCCAAGUUUGUGCCGCCGUGUCCGCCGGGCGACGUGCAGACGAUGGGCUCCAUGCACGUGGUGCGCUGCAUGGUUAACCUGGCAGUACGCACCGGCACCGGGUGCUGCGCCUACUCUGUGCCGGCCGCGCUGCCGGACCGCUGGCUGCUCUGCCUGGAGGUGAUGUGCGGCGCCAUGGGCGUCAGCCAGGCGCUGGACGAUGCGCGCCUGGACGCCUUCGCGGCCGCCUUCGCCGGCGGCCCGGCGCUGGCGCUGGCCUUCGCCGACGCGUUGGCGCUGGGCGCCGCCAGCGUCGGCCUGCCCUGGUCGGUGGCCCGCAAGAUGGCCGCACAGACGCUGCUGGGGACUGGCCAUCUGAUGCUGGACACGGACCGGAGCGGCGAGCCGCUGCAUGACGAGGCGGCGCCGGUGGGCGGCGCCACCAUCGCCGGUCUGGUCGCACUACACGAGACCAGCAUCAGGUCGGGUGUGGCCAACGCCGUGCAGGCCUGUCGCAAGGCGCUGCAGGCGGACAGCCACUGACACAGGCAGCGUGGUGCCGCUAGCCGGCCGCCCUGCGGGCGGCGAGCCGGUAGAGUUCGGGGCAGGC